GGACAGACUCCCGUAGAAAUUUCUCUUGCCACGUAGUCGCGGCGGCGCAACUUGUAGUUUGGGAAGUUUUAUGAGAACUCUGUUGUGCAUGAAACAUUAGUUCAGCGGUUGGAGAGUGUUAAACUGUUCUCCACAUCAAGAUGAUUCCGGAGUUGUGGACAUGCAUUUUUUCUGCAUUUUUCUUUUACUUGCAUGGAGCAAAACUUCCGGAGCCAGAGGUGAAAAUAGAAGUUCUAUACAAACCUUUCCUUUGUCAUCGUAAAUCCAAAUACGGAGAUAUUCUUCUGGUUCACUACGAUGGCUUUCUGGAGAGUAAUGGCACAAUGUUUCAUUCCAGCCGCCAUCAUGGAGACAAAAACCCUGUUUGGUUCACGUUGGGGAUCAGCGAGGUGAUCAAGGGUUGGGACAAGGGUCUUCAAGGCAUGUGUGCGGGGGAGAAGAGGAAACUGACCGUCCCUCCAACUCUUGCAUAUGGCAAAGAGGGCAAAGGUAAAAUCCCUCCAGAAAGCACCCUGAUCUUUGACAUUGAGAUCGUCGAGAUCCGAAAUGGGCCUAGAUCACACGAGUCUUUUCAGGAAAUGGACCUCAAUGAUGACUGGAAACUUUCCAAAGCGGAGGUGAAAGAAUACCUGCGUAAAGAGUUUGAAAAGCAUGGAUAUGCUGCCAAUGACACCCAUCAUGAAGUAAUGGUUGAGGACAUCUUCCAAAAAGAAGAUGAAGAUAAUGAUGGAUUUAUAUCAGCCCGGGAGUUCACCUACAAACACGAUGAGCUAUAAAUACUUCACACUCCUACAUAACAGCAUCAGUGUUUGCCUUCAGAGAAAUUCCAGUUUCAGUAGUUCUAAACAGGUUUUCGGUUAUCUACAGAUCAUGUCUUUAUUAUUAUUAUUUUAUACACUGGUGUGUGGUGGUAUGACUGAACUUUUAUAUAUUUUUAUGUAUUCGAAGACACCUUCAAUUGCAAAGUGUUGAAUUUUGCUCAAAGGGAAUGUUUGCUCCCAAAGUGUCUGUGGGUAGAAACAUUCAAUAUUUCAGAACAUUUCAGUGUUGAUUUUUUUUUUUUUUUUUUUUUUUUUGUAGUAUGUGUGUCACUUUUUCCAGAUGAAUUUUGCUAUAAUGUUUACAAUAUGUAGAACAUGUCUGUGUCGAUUUGUCUUCCUGUGAGUGUCUCACUUGUGAAUAAAGUUUAUCGGUUUUGUGCUGCUCAUCACUUUUGACGUUGUAAUUUGAUACACCAUCACUAGAGGGAGCUCUUCUGUUGUAUUAUUAAUAGGCAAAAUUAUUCAAAACGAUUAGACGCUGAGUUAAAAUGUAGCCUUUCAUUGACAGAUGGCAUAGUCAUCAUCACACACCUACAUAAUGCAGAUGACUACGGUGUGGUGUGUAGGGCCUAUUAUAUUUUGCAUACAACAUCAUACAUUGAGUCACACUCAACAGCAUUCCAUUCAUACUAUGACAUACACGGUUACAUAAACUGUUGUAAAAUGUGCGUAUGUUUACAUUUUCAUUUUAGUUUGCUCCUGUAGAUCUCAAAUCAUUUUAGAUAAAACCUCGAAACCACGCAGCAACAUUUAGCAGGCAAUGUAAAUAAAACCAAACCGUCCCCCAAACAGAACUGAGAAGGUAAAAUUUACAUCAUAUCUUGGAUGUCCUUCAUCUAAAAAUAAGUUUCCUUUAAAAAAAAAAAAUCCCUUUUUUUAAUAAAUAAGAGACUUUUCUGGGAAUUGCCAAACAAUAAAUAGGCUCGCUACUUGCAUCUACAGAGGAAAAUGUCUUCCUUUUUGUAGGCAAAUAACUGAAAAAUUCAUAUGAAUCUCGUCUCUAAGAUCCUUUGAUCAGCAGAGGCAAAUCCCAGGUGUCGUUAGAGUCAAUCGCUGAAACUCGGCGCCACCGAAUGAUGCAUUUCUUCGUAACAUCCUCUCUAACACUGCAAGCGCACGACGCAACCAGACACAAUCAAAAUCUUGACGGACGGACGGACUUCUCAAGAUUCCCUCCACGAUUCCAGAAGACGCGUCGCGCGCUUGCGGCGUAAACGGCUUCGUUUACGUAAACGGCUCGGCUACU